AUGGAGCUCAGAAGUGCCCUCGAGCUCAAGCAGCAUAAUCCAGGAAGCCCAUACAAAGCAGACGCAUGGAGGUGGCAUCUCGAGGCAACAGGCCUCAUCCACCAAUAUCCAACCCUUCCGUCCGAUUUUGAGCAAGGUUUUGAUGUCGGAAUUCCUGCUAUCUCCAGAACCUUCGCACCUGCCAAUAAAUCAUCAAUUGACACCUUCUCCGAGGAAUACAACCACAACGUCCAAAUUGAGUUCGAACGUGGGAGAUACAUUGGGCCAGCUUCCUGUGCGGAGGUUGAAGCCCUCCUGGGUCCCUUCCAGACUUCUCCGCUCUCUGUCAUUCCCAAGCCUGCUAAACUGGGCAAAUUUCGCCUCAUACAAAACCUCUCCUACCCUCUCAAAGCCAUUGACGGCGUCACUUCCAUCAACAGCGGCAUCAACUCAAACCAGUUCCCGUGCACCUGGGGAACCUUCUCCGUCAUCUGCCUUCUCAUCUCGCGGCUUCCCCCAGGCUCACAAGCAGCAGUUAGAGACGUCAAGCUCGAACCAUUCCCAUCAAGCCCUCUCAAUGGCCAGGAUUGGUUGUACGACUGCGCGGUGAAGACCGUUUUGCAAUUGAUACCAGGAACUGCUUUGGACUUGCCUCAGGGGCAGGCUCCUAUGGGAUCGUCGGUGAUGCUGGUGCACAGGUCAUGCGAGCCAAUGGAAUCGGGCCUCUCUCGAAGUGGGUCGAUGAUCAUCUCUUUUGCCGCAUCCUCAAACAUCACUUACCUGCUUACAAUGACUUGCGCAGAGGACAUCAGGAAAAAUGGAGGCCGACUCCAUGAUGGAGGCCGCAUCUGGUUCCGAGGCAGGGCAAUGCCCAAUGGAAAACUCGAGGAAUUCGACGAAGACGCAACCUUCCUACUACAAGAUCUCUCCAACAAAUCUGCACGCUCAGAUGAGGACAGAAAGUAUACCUACUGUAUGGCAGACAUUGACACCCUCUGUGAAGAACUGGGUAUUCCAUGGGAAGCAGAGAAGGACAUCCCGUUCCAUGGCGAGCCUGGCGACUCCUCCCAGGAUGGAAGGCAAACAACCGAGACAUCGGCUGGGCAGAGGCAGUCGGUUUCUUCUUCCUGGUCAUCACUCUCCGCAAUGCAUGCCAUCACCCGGGCAUCCACUAUGCGGUCUAUGGAGACAAUCGAGGAGUCGUGGAAGGAUGGUGGAAAGGUCGCAGCAGGAACUGGCCAACAAACAGUAUCUUCCGUAUGGUACACACAUUCUCGCAAGAAAAUAGCCUCACUGCCCACACUAGAUAUGUUCCCAGUAAGGAGAACCCAGCUGAUGGCCCUUCUCAUGGAGAAUAUGGCACGACACAAGACCUCCUCCCUGCCAUCAACAUCCCCAAUCACCUCCAGCACUAUGUCGUCGAUUUCGACACACCUCAUACGCCAACGGAACUCCGCCUUGCACGAGAAGGCAAAGCAGCCCUCGCCGCCCCCAGGAUCAGCCCAGCCACACGACUCCUCCAACGCCAAAGCACCUCAGAGGGCCAGAUCCUCCAUGAAGAAGAAAUCCUCGCCCACUUCCAAGCCAGCAACCAAGCGGCACCGCUUCUCUCCAGAGCACCGAAGCACAAAUGGAGGGCCAGUGCGUGACCACACACGGGCUCGAGCUUCACGAAAACCUGCGCCGUACCCUCCUGACCUCACACCAGUACCAUCCACACUCCGCCCACACGUCUUUGCUCGAGAACGGCUUACACGUUGGAGACCAACCACGGUCCGUACUGCCACUGACAACCAGGGCCGGCCCACCCAUCUCUCUGCUGAAGACCUGGCCCGCAUUCUCAAGGUAAUGGCCGGGGCGUGGGCGGAUGGGACUCUGGAAGUCUAUGGGACAGGCCUCCUCACCUGGCACGCCUUCUGCGACAAGAACGGAGUUAGUGAGGAUCAGAGGGCCCCAGCCUCACCCCUCCUCAUCGCCUCUCUCAUAGCCACCCUCUCAGGUGCUUUCUCUGGUGGCACCAUCGCCAACUAUGUCUAUGGCAUCCGGGCAUGGCACAUCCUGCAUGGGGUCCCAUGGAAGAUGGUCGACCCUGAACUGGAGGCACUGCUCAAGGCCGCAGAAAAAGCAACCCCACCCACGUCAAAGAGGAAGAAACGCCAGCCAUACACAAAAGAUUUCAUGGUUGCUAUUCGCGGUCAGCUAGACCUCUCAACGCCCCUCCAUGCUGCCGUUUAUGCCUGCUUGACAACCACAUUCUGGUCAGCUGCCCGAGUUGGUGAGUUCACGGUCAAAAACCUGACAAGCUUCGACGCAAACAAACAUGUCAAACCCUCAAACGUUACAACCACGACAGACCAGAACGGCUUCGAAACAACCGAGUUCUUCAUCCCCUCCACAAAGUCUGAACCCACCAACGGAGAGACAGUCUCAUGGUCGAGACAGAACGGAGACACAGACCCAGAGACUGCAUUCCACAAUCACAUAGAUGUCAACUCACCGCCAAAUGGUGGCCACCUCUUUGCGUACAAAGUAGGCUCAGGAUACAAGCCACUGACAAAGCACAAGUUCAUUCAAAUUCUCACCACCGCAGCACGAGCAGCUGGCCUAGAGCCACUUCAAGGCCAUGGGAUCAGGAUUGGGUCAACACUCGAGUACCUCCUGAGGGGGAUUCCAUUCGAUGUGAUGAAAGCAAAGGGAAGGUGGGCAAGUGACGCCUUCCUCGUCUACCUCAGGAAGCAUGCCCAAAUCCUCGCACCAUACAUGCAAGCAGACCCAGUCCGCCAGGAAGAAUUUAUCAGGCUAACCAUGCCUCCACUACGCCACCACUAA